AUGUCAUCGAAGAAUCCUUGGUGGAGAUCCAUAACAACCAAGCGGAAAGCCAGCGUUGGUUCCAAAGAGGCAGCAGUCCUCCAGAAACAGGACUCUGAUCUGGAGCCAAGGGCCAAGGGCUCACAAGAGGAUGUGAACCAGACACCUCAGCAGCAGGCUGGUCAAGUCAGCGAGGACACGAGUGAAGAGUCCCAGUUCAGUGAAAAGAGCUCGCGGAGGAACCUAAAAGUUUCCCGCUCCGGUAGAUUUAAGGAGAAACGAAAAGUGCGAGCGGCAUUACCUGUAAACUACGAUGAAAACGCACCAGAGAAUGAAGGUGUGCCCUGA